AUGUUAAACAUACUAUCCUCUUUACAGCAUUUUAUUCAUCUAUCUAUCUAUCUAUCUAUCUAUCCUAUCUAUCUAUCUAUCUAUCUAUCUAUCUAUCCUAUCAUCAUUAUCUAUCUAUCUAUCUAUCUAUCUAUUCAUCUAUCCCAGUCUAUCUAUCAUCUAUCUAUCUAUCUAUCUAUCUAUCUAUCUAUCUAUUCAUCUAUCUAUUCAGUCUGUUCCUAUCUAUUAUUGAAGUCUGCUCGUAUUAUUCAUCUAUCUAUCUAUCUAUCUAUCUAUCUAUCUAUCUAUCUAUCUAUUAGCCUCCCUGUUUGUCUGCAUUUUCCUUUUUUAUUUAUUUUUGUUUCUUUUCUUUUUCUUUCCAUUCCUUUCGUUCUUUCUUUCUCUUUCUUCCUUUUUUUCCUUUUUGUUUCUUUCAUUCUUUCUGUUUUUUCGUUGUUUCUUUCUUUUCAUCAUUCUUUUGACUUUUUUCUGUUUCUUUCGUCCUUCAUUUUUUUCUUAAUUUCUUCAGAAUUAAACCACUACUUUUUCCUCGUCGUCCCAUUGAUUCUCUCACUUUUUCGAUUCUCUCUUUCCUCUUCAUCCCCUCUUAUCCCUAUCCUUGUUAUUUCUUCUCCUAUCUGCCCUUCUAUAUUUCCGUUUCUUUCUUCCUUUCUUCUUUCCAUCCUCUCUUCUUUCUUCCUCUCACUCCUUCUUCCCUCUUUUCCUCUUUCCUUAUUCCUUCUUUCCAUACCACUUUCCCUUCCUUCCUUCCUUCCUUCCUUCCUUUCAGACUUCCUUUUUUUCCUCCUUCCUUUCUUACACCCCUUCCUUCCUUCCUUCUUUCCAUCCAUUCUGUCUUGCCUCCUUUUCUUUCCUUUCUUCCAUUUUACAGACCAGCCUCUUUGUCAUUUACUUUUACCUUUUUUUCUUUCCCUUCUCCCAGCUCCAUUUUCACAGAUUGACAUCUGUCAGUGUGACGCAGAGAAAAUAUUACGACUUAAACUCGAAAAAUAUUGUGACAGACGAACAUUGUGCUCCGAACACACUUCCUCUCCCCAUUAA